UUUGGUGGUUCGUUUGUUCAUCAUCAGUUAUUCACUUCAAACUUGUUUGUUAUUAUUUGCCCGAUCGAUCAAUUAAUUUUAAAAGACUUGAGAGAGAAACUUAAAAGUUGUGCCCCCCCUCGACACAAGAACCAGCUCUUCACGAACAUGGAAGGGUCGAGUGAGAAUCGAAAAAAUCCGGCUAAAAGUGGAAAUAAAAAUAGUGGGAAUCGGUCAAGGAAUACGAGAGGACCUGGUCCGUCCUCCAGGGGGAGGAAAAGUGGGGGUGGUGGCAUUCCACCCACGGGAAUGACUCCACCGACGGAUCCCGAUACUCCACCGAUGGGACCUGGUGGCCGUAGGGAUGAAUUCAGAGUGGGUGACCCUACAGAAUUUCUAUCAUUGACAACUACUGGAAAUAUCGGACAAGUGGUGGAUUGUAAGAAGGAUCAAAAUCGACCACCUAAGAAGCCGACAAGUAUGACAAAGAAAUCAAAACAUACCUAUGCAAUGCUCAUGGAUGAUUUUCCGCCACUUCACGACAUGCCUAUGCCUAUGGAAGGAGAGGGACCACCCAAUAGAGUUCAAUUUCAAUCUCCCGACGCAAGUCUGCCAAUAGGUCCUGUUUCCUCCGAGCCUAAAAAAACCAAUCAGACUGAAGACUCCCCCCUUGGAAUCCGCACAUAUCCUGAUGGGAGGGUCACAAAUAUUCCAGGAAGUAUGCUGAACGACCAGUUUGGAAUUGCUGGGUUUUUGGCAGGCUUGAGAAUAGCUAAAGUAGACCCUCAUUUGAUAUUACUCUCCAUUGGCAGCGAUGUACCACGACAAGAACUGAAACUGAAAGAGCCUGGUACCGGGACGUGGAGCUUUGCGGGACCAUUGCAGGGUGCAGGUCCUGUCGGAGCGGUGGAUAUCGCGUGUCCAGUUCCUCCAGAGUACCUCGUUAAUGCUCCUGAUCUUCGAGGGAGGUUAACACCUCUGAAGAUGAAUCUAUACAAGGAUGAACUCGUAUUCUACAUUUUCUACAACUUCACUCGCGAUGUUUUACAAAUUCAUGCUGCGGAAGAGCUCUUUAACCGACACUGGCGUUACCACAUGGGCGAGGAAUUAUGGAUCAAUGCCCAAGGGGUUAGUAGAUUAGAGAGGGGAUCGCAUUCGGUGAAAGGCAUGUACUUAUUUUUCGACCCAGUCAAGUUCCUCAAAGAAAAAAAAGAAUUCCACCUGGACUGCAACCUGUUUGAGGGCCGACCCUUCGUUCCGAGGCAUUUUGUUUAACCCAUGUACCACAAUUCUGUUAAAGUUGCGUGCUUUCUUAAUUAUACGACAUAAGAAAUGUUAACGUAAGAAAUGUCUGCUAGCGGCUUCUUAAUGUAGUCGAUUUUACCUAGUUUAAUGUACAUAGAGAAGCAUCCUUAAUAAACUGUUUUUUAGUACAUAAGUA